CGCCAGCCUCCAUGGCGCGCUGCCCGCUGCCUCGCCCGGCACCGCUCUUCCUCCUCGGCGCCCUCCUGACGCUGCCCUUGGUGCUGCUAGGGGAGGUGGGGGUACCCGGGGGCCUUUCCCCCGCGUCCCCCACAGACGAUGGGGUGCAGAAAGCCGCCGCCUUUGCCGUGGAGCAGUACAACGCGCGCAGCACAGACAACAACUAUUUCAAGGAGCUGCGCAUCGUGAAGGCGCAGUCCCAGGUGGUUGCAGGCGUGAAAUACUAUCUUACGGUGGAGGUGGUGAAAACAGCAUGUGAAAAGACAGUCGGUAAGCCAAAGGCGCACAAGGAGGUCCAGAACUGUGAGCUCCCUCCGAGGGCUCAGCAGGAGGUAAGAUCUGAUGCCAAGUUCUGAUUAUUUGCAGUUUAA